GCGGGGGCAGAAUCUAUGAGUCACGAUCUGGGCCUGGAGUUGAGGAGGAUAGCGCCGCCUCUUCUUGGGCCCCUUCUCUCCCCCUUUCCCCUCCCGACCGGUUCCUGGCGCAGCCAGAUGCUGCGCAGCAAUCACCGAUUCCCCAUCACCAAUUCGGCGUGGGCGCUCCGCAAGGCCGCAGGCAAGAUGAACAUUCUGGCGCCGGUGCGGAGGGACCGCGUCCUGGCGGAGCUGCCCCAGUGCCUGAGGAAGGAGGCCGCUUUGCACGUGCACAAAGACUUCCACCCCCGGGUCACCUGCGCUUGCCUGGAGCACCAGACAGGCACCGUGGGCAGAUUUAAGAUCUCCAAGGUCAUUGUGGUUGGGGACCUGUCGGUGGGGAAGACUUGUCUCAUUAAUAGGUUCUGCAAAGAUACCUUUGAUAAGAAUUAUAAGGCCACCAUUGGCGUGGACUUUGAGAUGGAACGAUUUGAGGUGCUGGGUGUCCCCUUCAGUCUGCAACUCUGGGAUACUGCUGGACAGGAGAGGUUCAAAUGCAUUGCAUCCACCUACUACCGAGGAGCUCAAGCCAUCAUUAUUGUCUUCAACCUGAAUGAUGUGGCCUCCCUGGAACAUACCAAGCAGUGGCUAGCUGAUGCGCUCAAGGAGAACGACCCUUCCAGUGUGCUUCUCUUCCUUGUGGGUGCCAAGAAGGACCUGAGUACUCCCGCUCAGUAUGUACUAAUGGAGAAAGAUGCGCUCAAAGUGGCCCAAGAGAUGAAGGCUGAGUACUGGGCAGUCUCAUCUCUCACUGGUGAAAAUGUCCGGGAAUUCUUCUUCCGUGUGGCAGCACUGACCUUUGAGGCUAAUGUGCUGGCUGAGCUGGAGAAAUCGGGGGCUCGGCGCAUUGGAGAUGUUGUCCGCAUCAACAGUGAUGACAGCAACCUCUAUCUAACUGCCAACAAGAAGAAACCCACGUGUUGCCCGUGAGACCUGAGAGGACUGUCCAGAGAUUCCCCAGCCCUAGGCUACUGAGCUGCCUUGACUCCCCUAGAGCUCAACCCUUGGACAUUUGCACUGAGUCUUUUUUCAGACCAAAGAGCUGCCCCUUGUGGCAGUACCCCAGAGGGGUCACAGGACCAUGCUAGUCAUUUCUUGUUCCCAGGUACCCUGCUAGAGACUGGAUGCCCCCCUCCUCCAAGGUGCCCUUCAUUGAGGAGGCUCUUUGGGUAUGAGGAUACUUAAUGAUUCCAGCCUCACACUGUGCCUUAUGCAUUAAAAUCUGUUAUUAGCAGUUUGGAGGCUAGAGUCCUUUGUUGGCGAUGUGGGAUAUAGAAUGGGUAGUGCUACCUGAUUGUCUUGGAAUUGGAGUCUCCAGCUGGAAUUCUGACCAUCCUUGGUCCCUGGGUAGGGCAGCUUGGGACCAGCUUUUUUUUUUUUGGGCGGGGGGCUGCACUGGACACUCGGUGACAACUGAACAUUGACUUUGAAAGUCCUUUUGUCCCGUCAUCAAAAAAUUGGGUAUUUCUUUCUUUUUUUACCUUUUCUCUGCCUUCCCUUAAAAUAUGCUUCUGUGAGGGGAAUAUAUUGAGAAAUGACUGAGUUUUGGAUGCUUUUUGGGCUAAUUGAAAGGCUCAGGGUGGGCAUGAACCAAGCUCUUACCAUCUGUGCUAUUAACAUCAAACCGUAUUAGUAAUGUAAACAUAAAAUUGAGUAGUAUCUUUUUGCAUUUUAAAACAUGACUAAAGAACUAAAUUGAGUAAAAAGUAAAAUAUUUUCCCUCUACAAAGAAAAAAAGAUGUGUUCUGAAUUAAGAGGAUGUUUUUGAAUUCUUACUGUUCAUCUUGGGGCACUAAGGCAGAUCAUUUAUCUUCUCUGCCUCAGUUUCCUCAUCUAUAAAAUACAUGAUGCGAUAUCAUGGAUGAAAUAAGAUAAAACACGAAGUCACACUAAGUAGGAAGCGUUCAAAACCUUAAUUUAUAUAAAAGAAAAGAGUGACCAAGAACUUGGCCACUGUUGACAUCUGUCCUACAGCCAUGGAUUGUAGCUCAGUGCUAUAGGAAGUAUCUCGGAACAGAGGGACAGGUGGCCGGGUGCCAUCCUGGCAGGUCAUGGAGGCCCGAGAUUAGAACACAGGUCCUGGCUCCCAGGAGCAAGUGCUCUCUGUCCAUGCCAUGCCUGGUUCCGUGCUUAUCCGAUCUUAUCCUGUCACUUUGUCCUGGAAGGGCUGACUUUUUUUACACUUCCUCUUCUGGUUUCCCUUCUCCCGCGAGCGAGUGUAGAUUGGGGGCGGGGCUA